GGUUUGAGAGCGCAUGCGCCUCGCGGAAAUCACGUGAAAGUGCAUUCACCUGGCACGUGGGGAUCGACACCAGACAAAACAUCGCUGGCCAUGGACCGACUUGCAGAGCUCAGCUGCCUGACUCUCAUCCUGUGUCUGCUCUAUGGGCUCUCGGAAGCAAUGAUAGGCAGCAACUAUGUAGUCGACGUCCAAUUCAAAUGCCCGCCUGAGCCUGAUGGAAUUGUCCGGGUGAUAGUUAAAACGGAUAUACCAAAAACUCACCCCUACGCCCUCUGCCAUGGUCCUUUUGGCUUCGACUUCAUCCCCAUGUCCCCCGGGACCUGGUACCUGGACAUACAUUUCCAAAGCCCGGACGCCAGAGAAUACUGCUGGUUCUCGCAAACGGGAACGCAGGAUGAGUAUUUGUUGAACGUGUAUGUCCCUGUCUCGUCUGGGUUGGUGACCUCGAAUGACCCCGCUCACCGUGUCGUGUGCAACUAUCAAGAUGAUUCCGAAACACCGCCUAAUCUCAUUUCAAACGUGGUUGAGAGCAAGAAGCCAUUUGAAUCGAUGAUCAGCAACAUGGGGCCGGUGAGCAAGUCGGACGUGGCCCUGUCGCUCACGGACAUCACGGGCACGCCAGUCACUGGAGGUCUGAAUGUCGGCAGGCUCGUCAUGCUGAAAGCGGUCCUCGUUGGCAACUACCCCGCAGAGACAAGCUUCCAUGCCUUGACCUGCAAAGCCGUCUGCAACAAAAAGGAGUACGCCCUCCUGAACGCAGGUUGCGGAGAUGGAACUGUAAUUGGCCAAAAGAAAGGUUUCAGGACAAAAGGGAAAGUCGCUUUCAGUCCUGUCUUCCGACUCUUCCGCAUGGAGUUGGCCAAACCCUUGAUGUUUGAAUGUACCUUUAUCAUCUGCCAGAAGUGCGAUGGGGACUCGUGCGAAGACCAAGAUCGGCGUAAGCGUCAUUUGAGCGCAUUUGAGAGAAACCCCGAAUUAGAGAAAGGCAAACAUAUCAUAACUGCUCGGGUCGAAAUUCCAUCAUUCCGGGAACACCAUCUCACUACACACGAACACUCGGUUAUUCCCGUGAGCGCACCUUCAGGAUUAGCAGUUGGUGGCAUUCGUGGUUCAGAAGCCGCCAGGGACAUUCAUCGCUCAGAAGCCGCUAGGAAUCUUCAUAGUUCAGGAGCGACAGAGGACCUGGUUCUCACAAUUCUUGUGGCUGUAAUUAUUCCCUUGGUGUUCCUGGUUGUGAUCAUGCUGAUGUUCAUCAUCGCCAUAUCCCGUGCCCUACGCUCCCUGGCGGCCUUAUACAAGGAUGUGAACAGACUGCGUGGUGAGGUCGUCGCUAAAGACGUGAAAGACGUAAAGGUUGACAUAAAGGCCACCAUGUGAUGAACCAUUUGUUAAUAAAGAGAGGAAAAAAUUC